GCACACCUAGGGAAUAUUUCAUUUAGGAGCCCGGCCGUCAAUUAGUGCGGCGCGAUGGUGAAGGCUUACUUACGCUAUGAGCAGGAAGCGGUAUUCGGCCUCGUAGUCUCCCCUUCUUGCGGCAGCAUCUGUUUCGACCAGUCAGGUCGCUCCAUUUUAACAGGCGCGCUCGAACGCUUGCUCGUAUGGGACGUGCGCAAGGGCACGCUGCUACAGCAGCUCUCGCCACAGCCUGCCGGCGCCGGCUACAGCCAGGGCGGCGCCGGCGCCGCCAGCGCGGCCGGCAGCGUGCAUGAUGCCGUCCCAGCUGUAGCGGACGUGACGGCGAUCUGCCCGUCGCCGGCCGACGCGACGCAGGUGGCGGCGGGGUACACGGACGGCACGGUGCGCGUGUGGAACAUGGUGGAUGGCACGUGUAGGACAAGCCUUGCCGGCCACAGAUCGGGUGUAGCGGUGGUGCGGUACAACGCGGCCGGAGCGCUGCUGGCGUCGGGCGGCAGGGACGCGGAUAUCGUGGUGUGGGACGUGGCGGGCGAAGUGGGGCUCGUGCGACUGAGGGGGCACAGAGACCAGGUCACAGAUCUGACCUUUCUCGAGGGCUCCUUGGUGCAGCACCAGUCGCUGCUCAUCAGCUGCAGCAAGGACGCCCAGAUCAAGGUCUGGGACCUCGCCCUGCACCACUGCAUCCAAACCAUUGCCGAGCCUAGGGGCGAGCUCUGGACGCUAGCCGUCCACCCGAGCCUGCCCAGGCUCGUCGCGGCCGGCACCGAACCUGAGGUCCUGGUCUUCCAAAUCAGGGCGGAAAGGGGGGUGUUGAGUGAGGGGGAGGGGGAACCUAGGGGAGGGCGGUGGGACGUGCUUAUACCGCACGGCAGUAUACGGAGAGUUGUGGGCGUGGGACAGGGCGCAGAGCGGGCUUUAAGUGUGCGGUUCGACGGGCCAGGGAAGGUGCUAGCCUGCCAAAGCGCGGGGAAAGCUAUUGAGUUGUUCCGGGUGCGCACCCCUGGAGAGGCUGUCAGGCAAGCCAAGAGGCGGAGAAGGAGACAGGUGGAGAAAGGAAAGGGGAAGGGGGGCACGGGGGAGGGUGGGGUAGAGGAGGAGGCGGAGGGAGGAGGGGAAGGAGUGGGGGAAGGGGGAGAGGGAGGGGAGCGGAGGGAUGGAGGGGCGGAGGUGACUGUAGAGGGGGCGGAUGAGUUUGCCUCGAUGUUUACCAUUCGUCUGAAGCACAGAGUGAGGGCGAUUGCGUUUGCGCCCAAGGCAGCGGGAGCAGGGGGAGCAGGGGGGAGGGGAGGGGGGAAAGGGGGAGCAGAGCCGUCACUGGCGCUGGCCCUGCACAACAAUAGUGUGGAGAUCCACACCAUUCAUGCCGACAGCAGCACCCGGGCGGCGUCUCUCCAGUCUGCCGGCCACCGGUCGGACGUCCGCUCGUUGGCGCUCUCCUCAGAUGGCUCGCUUCUUUUGUCCGUUUCUAAGGGCUCUGCAAAGGUGUGGAACCCCGUGACCGGCGCCUGCCUUUCUUCCUUCGACUCGGGCUAUGGCCUCUGCUGCCUCUUCGCUCCUGGUGAUAGAUAUGCCAUUUCAGGCACUCAGUCCGGAGACUUGGAGGUGUUUUCAGUGGCGAGCGCGGAGCGCACGGCGCUGAUACAGGCGGCACACGACAAGGCGGUGUGGGCCAUGGCCCCUUUGGCUGACAACACCGGUUUUGCGACUGCCUCUGCUGAUGGCUGCGUCAAGUUUUGGGAGUAUCAGAUGCAGCUCUUGGGGACCGAUUCAGACAAGGAUGCUCUGGCAGCCGGAAGGGGCGAGAAGCACUUAACAGUGGUCAACACACGCACGCUUAAAAUGUCAGACGACGUGCUAAGUUUGGCGUUUAGCCCGGACGGCCGAUACAUUGCACUCUCGCUCCUGGACUCCACCAUCAAGGUCUUUUUCGUCGACUCCCUGCGCUUCUUCCUCUCGCUGUACGGCCACAAGCUGCCAGCCAUCUGCCUUGACAUCUCCUCGGACUCGCAGCUCGCUGUAUCAGGCUCGGCAGACAAGAGCGUCAAGAUAUGGGGCUUGGACUUUGGAGAUUGCCACCGGUCGCUGUUCGCUCACCAGGACAGUGUGAUGUGCGUUAAGUUCGUGCCGCGCACGCACUACUUCUUCUCGUGCGGCAAGGACCGCAGAGUGCGGUACUGGGAUGCAGACAAGUUCCAGCUGCUGCUCACACUUGAAGGGCACCACGCCGAGGUGUGGUCGCUGGCCAUCAGCCCCCUGGGCGACUUCCUGGUGUCAGGCUCCCACGACCGCUCCAUCCGCAGAUGGCAGCGCACGGACGAGCCCUUCUUCCUCGAGGAGGAAAGGGAGAAGCAGCUAGAAGCCAUGUUUGAGGCGCGGGCCGUGGCGUUACCAAACGAGGGACGCCGCCCAGAAGGCGGCGAGGACGAGGAGGGCGGCGAAGGGGCGGAGGCCAGCAUGGGGGGAGGGGGCGCGGUGGGCGAGCUGGGCGGCGUGGGAGGGGCGGCGCGGGGCACUCAGGAGACAGUCUGGGCGGCAGACUCGAUUAUAGAGGCGGUGGAAUUGGCGUCGAUGGAAGAGGCUAGGAUGACUCCCUUUAUCAAGGACCCCAGUGACCCCAACAGCCUGCUGCCCUCCUUCCAGCCCAACGUGCUGCUCCUUGGCCAUUCCCCCGCCGGCUUUGUGCUGCGUGCGCUCGCCAGCGUCAAGCCCUCUGAGCUCGAGCAAGCGCUGCUGGUGCUUCCCUUCACAGUGGCUCUCAGGAUUCUCCACUUCGCCCCGCACUGGCUGCACCACCCACUGCCCCAGCUGGAGUUUGCUGCCCGCGCGUUGGUGUCUCUCGUCCGCAUCCACCACUCGCAGCUAAUCGCCACCCCCACUGCCCGCCCGCUCCUGGCUGCCGUGCACACGCUGCUGAGAGUGUCACUCAAGGACGCAGUAGCAACCGUUGGAUGCAACUUGGCAGCUAUAUCUCACAUCAAGUCCCUCCUAGCCUCAUCCCAAGCCUCCAUGGAUGGGGGGGAUGCCACUGGUAUGGCCGAGAAGGUGAGGGAGAUAAGGGAAAGGUUGGCUAAGGGGCGGAAUGCUGUGAUUGCUGAGAAGCUUCACAGGAGUAAAGCGGAGAAGCGCAAGCGCAGGGCGGAGAAGAAAACUGUGUUGAAGAAAUGAUUUGCAAGCCGCACUGGGUGGGUGUUCAGAUCAGAGACAAGCCAUGUGGCAAUGAAGUUGUGCUGAUUUGUGAAUGCAGUCGAAAUAAAUAUUAUCACGUAGCUGCAGCGCUCUUGUGGUAUCGAUAUUGCAUCUAAUGCUAGUUUUGUGAGGGUCA